GGACGACCGCAGACGGCCAUCGACAGGAUCAGAGAGAAUCUAAAAGAAUGUAAGAAUAUGGCCGACAAUACCGUAACGAGAAAAGGGAGAAGCUGCGUCCUCGCAUUGUCUGACGGUUUCUGAGUGCCUAUGGAACGACAAUAUGAACCGUGAUGCCGUAUCUGCAAGGGCACCGACUUCCGGAUCGCUUUUGAGGUUAGCAGCAACCAGGGACUCCAUUCCACUGCCCUGAACUCGAGCAGUUGAAGCAAUGGAUGGGACGAGAGCGGCAGAGGUUCUUCCUCUGCUCCAGGAACGUCUUGCCAUACUCCCUGGUGGUCGAGACCGGCGGGGAGGUCCAGUGCUAGUGUUUCCAACCACUUCUAGACGCGAACGGGCCAAGCCAGAAGAUUACCGUCGUCUGUUGCAAUAUCUUCUAGCCAUUCCAAAUGACGAAGCCAGAGGCCUUCGUUUCACGGUUAUCGUGGAUAUGCGAGGUGCAACUUGGGACUCGGUAAAGCCAAUUCUUAAGGUGUUGCACGAACAUUUUCACCGGUCCGUGCAUGUGGCAUUCAUCAUCAAGCCAGAUAAUUUUUGGCAGAAGCAAAGGACAUCUCUGGCGAAGCAGAAAAAGUACAACUUUGAGAUUAACACGAUUAGCUUGGAGGCCCUUGCAAAGAUCAUUGAUCCUUCGCAACUGACUUCCGAUUUGGACGGUUCUUUGCAAUACGACCACGCGCAGUGGAUAGAUACCCGAUUGGCGGUCGAGGAUUUUACCUGGCAAGCGGCUGACCUUUUAGAUAGAUUAGACGACCUACAAGAGGACCUAAGCCGUAACGACUUCGCCGACGACGUUGGCGGGGCUAAGCACGGUAUCGAACUGCACAACGAGAUGAAGAAGAAAAUCAUGAAAGUUCCUGUGGAAGAUGUCGAAGCGGUCGGACAACGUUUGCUUCAACGCUUCAACAAUGGCAUUUCCGCAAACUGUGGAGAAGGUGGUAGUAUCGAGAGCGGAGCAUCCGGCGGUGCAGAUCCAGAUGGUAGAGCAUUGGCAGCCUUGGUUAUUCAACAUUUGGACUCGGUACACGCGGCGCAGCAACAUCUUCUGCAACUCUGGCACAUCAAGAAGAUGAAGUUAGACCAAUGUUUCCAAUUGCGCCUCUUCGAGCAGGACUGCGAGAAGAUGUUCGAUUGGAUAUGUCACAACAGAGAGGCAUUUCUAGCGAAUUACGUCGAAAUCGGCCGCUCGUACCAGCUAGCUAAGAACCUCCAGGAGGAGCACAAGCACUUCACCAUGAGCUCCAUGAACGUCUACGUAAACAUCAAUAAAAUCCUGACGAUGGCGGGCAGGCUGUUGGAGACGCAGCAUUACGCAGCCGGCCACGUUCGUGCCGUAGCCGGUAGAUUGGAUCGAGCUUGGAAGGAGUUCGCAGCUGGCCUCGACGAGCGCACCGCCGUUUUAGGGCUGAGCGUGAUGUUCCACCACAAAGCCGAGCAGUACGUGGACAGCGUUUCCGGGUGGAGCCAAGCCUGCGACUCCACGAGUCUACCGAACGAAAUCGCCGUGCUGGAAUCCCACAUCAGGCAACACCAAACCCUCUAUGAGGCUAUGUGUCAGGCGUACACCGAGGUGUACAACGCCUACCAGGCACUCUUGAGCGGACUGGGCUCCAUGCUGCAAGUUUGCCACAGUCCGAGCGGAGUCGGCAGCACGACGGGCAACCCUGUCUCAGCGGAUCUAUAUCGCACCGAUUAUGUACACAGUACCAGUAAGAAGCUUCUUUACCAACUGGAUCAUCUGGUGCAAGUCUGUAAUCAACCCCAGGGGAUUGACCACGCCGCAAGAAAACACAGUCAAGAGGGACACGGAAUGGACGGCGGCCGCGGCAGUGGCGGAGGAAUGAGCGGGAACCCGGCUGCGGAUUACAGCGAAGGAGCCUCUCAUGUCUUGGCCGUCAUUCACCGAAUUCUCGGCCAUCACCGAGCCCUCGAAGCUCGCUGGCAUGCCCGUAAAGUCAAGCUUCAUCAGCGUCUCGCUUUGAGGCUCUUCCAGGAGGACGUGAAGCAAGUGCUCGAUUGGCUGACCAAUCACGGCGAGGUCUUCAUAAGGAAAAACACCGGCGUCGGUCGGAACCUCCAAAAAGCCAGGGUCUAUCAGAAGAGCCACGAGCACUUCGAGAACGUCGCCCAGAACACGUAUACGAACGCGACGAAGCUGUUAACGGCCGCCGAAGAGCUCGCCCAUACCGGCGAGUGCGCCGCCGAUGAGAUCUACGCCGUGGCUCAGGAACUGGAAGCUCACGUGAGCAGUUUCGCUGCCAGGGUGGAACAGCGUCGUCGCAGGUUGGACUUGGCGGUCGUGUUUUACACCCACGAGAAAGAGCUGAGCGGAUGGGUCGACGAGUUGCGGCAAGAGUUGCAGCAGGACGAGGUCGCCGAAAGCCUGGACACCGCCGAGAGAUUGUUGGAUCAGUGCACUCAGCACCGAGCUUCUUGCCACGAGGCUUGCGCCUCGACCAUCGCUCAGGGGGAAGCUUUGCUCCAGGAGCUGAGGGACUCGAACGACGGCCCGGACACGACCGGAUCUGUUUCCGCAGUGGAGGCGGCUCUGGACCGAUUGGCGGGUCUUCGCCAAGAACUCGAAGACCUUUGGGCGACCAGAAAGCUGAGGCUGGAACUAUGUCUGCGGUUGCGCGUCUUCGAAAGAGACGCCUUGGAAGCAAGCGGCCAGCUGGAGAUGUGGGCCCAGGAGUUGCAGGGUUCACCUCGGGAAGGCUCCCCGGAGCAACUGCUCCGCGUGCACAACGAUGGGGUCGCCCAUAUGCAGAACACGGCUUUCCAGGUCCUGCAGCAGGGACAAGAGCUGGCCCAGGUGUUGGAGCAAGCCGGCGUGUGCAUCAUGGCCGAUGGACAGCACAGCGCCACGGCCAGAGUCCAGGUUCUCCUCGAGUUUCUGAACGAACGGGAGAUGGAUGCAGAGGAUCUUGCGGAAAUGCGGCGCGUAAGACUCGAGCAGGCCGCUCAGUUGGUCCAGCUGCAGUCGGAUGCGACUCACGUGGCCAACUGGAUCAGAAACGGCGAGGCGAUGCUCCUGGCUUCGCUCAGAGUUCCCGAGAAUCUGCAAGACGCCGAGCAGCUACGUCUGGAACACGAACAAUUCCAAGUGGCCAUAGAGAAGACGCACACUUCCGCCGUGCAGGUAAAACACAGGGCGGAUGCUCUCGUCAGCGCGAAUCACUACGACCCUAAGAGUAUACGCGACGUUGCCGAGGACGUUACAAAGCGGUGGCAGCAGCUGGUAACGUGCGCCGAGGAACGGCACAAAUUGGUCACGGCUAGCAUCAAUUUCUACAAAACCGCCGAGCAAGUGCGCUCCGUUUUGGACAGCCUAGAAAGAGAAUACAAGCGAGACGAGGACUGGUGCGCCAGCGGUGAAAAGGGCGGACAGGUCCCGACUCUCGUAGGGAAGCACCAGGAGCAGAAGGAGGCCUUCUUGAAGGCCUGCACCUUGGUGCGGAGGACUGCCGAGACCUUCCUGAAAUACACGAAUCGGAGUCUUCAGUUCUACAGCUACCAGACGAGCAACGCCGGCUCGGAGAACAAAGUCAAAAAUAUUUUGGAGGAGUUGUUGAGCAAGGAGAACAAGGUACUCGAGUAUUGGACUCAGCGAAAGAGACGGUUGGAUCAGUGCCACCAGUAUGUCCUUUUCGAACGUACCGCCAAGCAAGCCUUGGAGUGGAUCAGGGAAACCGGGGAAUUGUACUUGGCUACUCAUACUAACGUCGGAAAAAAUCGGAUGGAAAACGAGCACCUUCUUCGGGAACACAACGAGUUCAAGGGAGCGGCUAAGGAAACUCGAGACCGAGUGAAGCUGCUCAUUCAGCUGGCCGAUAAUCUUGUCGAAAAGGGGCAUGCUCAUGCCGCAGCCAUCAAGCAAUCCGUUGCCGAGGUGGACCAACGAUACAAAGAUUUCAGCAUGCGAAUGGACAAUUACAAGACGCAGAUCGAGGAUGAUCUUGGUAUCCAAUCCGACGAAGUACAUAAAGACUUGUCGAUUGAUCGUAAUUCCGAUCCUCUCCUCGAAGAGAAAAUCAAAGGGAAAGAUCUGAAAGAGCUAAACGAGGAGAAACGGAGAUCCGCACGUAGGAAAGAGUUCAUUAUGGCUGAAUUGCUGCAAACCGAGCGCACCUACGUGAAGGACCUGGAAACUUGCAUCCGUUGUUUCCUCGAGGAGACUCGAAACGGAAAGGCUGCCGUUCCACAAGGACUGCAAGGACGCGAAUCUGUCAUUUUCAGCAACAUGGAAGAGAUCCAUCGGUUUCAUUGCGAUACCUUCCUACGCGAGCUGGAAAAAUACGAGACUAUGCCCGAGGAUGUUGGACACUGUUUCGUCACCUGGGCCGUUAAAUUCGACAUGUACGUCACUUACUGCAAGAACAAACCCGAGAGCAAUCAAUUACUGGUUGCUCAUGGUGGCACUUGGUUCGAAGAGCUGCAGCGAAGACACAGAGUCGAGCAUCCCAUAGCUGCGUACUUAAUCAAACCCGUUCAAAGGAUCACGAAGUAUCAACUCUUGCUCAAGGAUCUUCAGGCCUGCUGCCAAGAAGGGCAGGGUGAAAUCAAGGACGGAUUGGAAGUGAUGCUGAAUGUGCCUAAGAAAGCAAACGAUGCCUUACACUUGAGCCUCCUCGAAGGCUGCGACGUCAGGAUAGAUACCCUAGGGGACGUGGUUCUCCAAGACUCCUUCACGGUCUGGGACCCUAAACAGCUAAUAAGAAAAGGCAGGGAUCGACACAUAUUCCUCUUCGAGCUAUACCUCCUCUUCAGUAAAGAAGUAAAGGAUUCCGCUGGCAAGGUGAAAUACAUCUACAAGAGCCGUUUGAUGACCUCGGAGCUCGGGGUCACGGAACACAUCGAAGGAGACGAAUGCAAAUUCGCGGUCUGGACCGGGCGAGCACCCACGGGAGACACGCGCGUCGUUCUAAGGGCCAACUCUUUGGAGGCGAAACAACUCUGGGUCAAGAGACUCCGCGAGGUCAUUCAGGAAACUUAUUUCAGUUUGAGUAUGCCGAAGAGCCCCGCGAAGAAGAGCUCCAGUCAGCGAUCGAGCCGCGACCUGGAGGAGUGCACGUCGCUGGACGACAGCGUGGAGAACCUCGACAGGAACUCCCUGGCCUCGUUCGGAUCCACCAACACCACGGAUUCGGAUAAGACCGGAGUAGCGGAGAUGACGUGGGUGGUGGCGGACCACUCGGCGACCCCGGGCACACGGGAGCUCACGGUGACCAAGGGCCAGCAGGUGGAGGUGCUGGAGAACGGCGGCAGCUCGACGUCGGCCGAGUGGACCUUGGUGCGCCUUCCGGGCCAGGCCGAUCCCCCCGCGGAGGGCCUGGUGCCCACCAGCGCCCUCAAGCAGCCCCCGGCGCCCUCCUGCAGGACUUCGCCCUCGAGGAAGGCGCCCUCGCAGACCUCCAACGCCGCGGCUUCGGUCUCCGCCUCGGCGACCGCCGAGGACAUCGAGACCCUGGGCAGCGACGGAAGCGGAUCGGCCGGCACCAGCUCCCCCGGGAACAAGAGGCGCGGCUUCGCCGGGAGGAAAUGGCUGCCGCCGCCUCUCCGGAAGCUCAGUCAAGGCAAGGUCGAGAAGGCCCCGGCCGCCGCGAAGAAGGCCGCCUCGGAGAAGAGGUUCGAGCUGCCCGCCGCCGAUAAGAACACGCGGCCGCCCUCCGAGGGCGAGGAGGAGGAGGAGGAGCCCUACGAGGAGGAGGCCGAGGAACCCGAGGACCUCGAGCGACCGGCCUUCCUCGAGCAGAACGGCGGCGAGGACGCCGAGGACGAUCUCGAGUUGCCGCCGCCCAUGAAGCCCAUCACCGAGCCCAUCCUCAACGUGCAGACGGCGAACGCCCAGCCCGGCUCGGCCAUCCCCGACCAGUUGCCCGGCAAACGGGUGUCGGAGCGCUCCAUCGAGACGUUGGACGGCGGCGCGAGUGCCGACCUCGCGGAAAUCGAGCGGAUCGUCAAGGAGAGAAUGGAACAGCACUCGGAGAACCGGGAGAGGCAGAGCCUACUGCGCGCCUCCGGACGGCCCCCGCCGCCGCCCCCGUUGCCUCCGCCGCUGCCGCCCGCAGUCGACGACGGGACCGCUUCCGGUUCCGCGGCGAGCGGAGUCCCGGACGGCUCGACCGACCCGGAGGCGGCAGCCCUGGCCAAGCGGCGCUUCGUCGUCAGGGAACUCGUUGACACCGAGCGGGACUACGUCAACGACCUUCGCCAGAUCGUCGAGGGCUACAUGGCGCUGAUGAGGGACCCGGAGACGGACGUCGUUCUCCCGGAGGACCUCCGAGGCGGCAAGGACAAGAUGGUCUUCGGCAACGUCGAGGCCAUCUACGAAUGGCACCGAGACUUCUUCCUGAAGGCGCUGGAACGUUGCCUGGAGCGGCCGGAGGAAUUGGGGCCCCUGUUCAAGAGGUACGAGAGGAAGCUGCACAUGUACGUUGUCUACUGCCAGAACAAGCCCGUGUCCGAGUACAUCGUGUCCGAGUACAUAGACACGUACUUCGAGGAUAUCAGGCAGAAGCUCGGCCACCGGCUGCAACUGUGCGACCUGUUGAUCAAGCCGGUCCAAAGAAUCACCAAGUACCAGCUGCUCCUCCGCGAGGCUCUGCGGCUGACGGAGCGCACCCAGAGGAUAUCGGAAAUCGAAGGGCUGCGGGCCGCGGUCCACGUGAUGAGAGUCAUCCCCAAGGCAGCCAACGACAUGAUGGACGUGGGCAGACUUCAGGGUUUUGACGGAAAAAUAACCGCACAGGGUAAGCUUCUGCUGCACGGUCCGCUUCUCGUCGCCGAGGUAGCCAACGUGCCAACCCGCGGCAGAGAGUGGCAGGUCUUUCUCUUCGAGCAGAACGUCAUAUUCAGCGAAGCGGUCGGGAAAAAGACUCAGUUUACCAGUCCUGCCUACAUAUACAAGGCUCACAUUCAGGUGAACAAAAUGAGCCUGGAGGACUCCGCGGACGAUCCGGAGAAGUUCGUCAUCCGGUCGACGGAUCCCCGGAAACCCGGUCUAGGAUUCUCCUGCGCUGCGGUAGAGGACGGCGGUCCUCGGAGGCAGGAAUGGGUGGAUACCAUCACUGCCAUCCUGCAGACGCAGCGCGACUUUCUCAAGGCCAUACAGUCCCCCAUUGCCUACCAAAAGGAACUUACCAAAGACCCACUCCUCGAGCUUCGUCCUCCGGUCCCUUUGCUUCCGUUCCUGGGGGAUCUCGCGACCGACUUCUCUGUCCACGCUCUCGCUGACGCAGGGGGAAACGGAAACGAGGGCGUAGAGUCGCGCAAUUUUGGGAUACGAGACCAGCCUCGGCCGGAGCGCCUCCUCGGACGACGCGGGACAGCGGGCGGCCCGGGUGCCCUGCCCGCCCUGCGACCUGCCCGCCAAGGCCCUCACCAAGGACAAGGCCGAGUCCAGGAGGAAGGCGGACUCCUCGGGGACGACAGGACCCCCAGCCCGACCAAGAGCAGGCUCAACUUCCUCGAGGGGUUCCGCAACACCCUGAGGGCCCGCUCGCCUGUCCGCCCGAACCCCACCCCGGUCGCGCCGGGCGCCAGGGUCCGACUGGCGGCGGACUGGGGCAAGCUGCACGCCGGGGACGAGCUCGUGGUCUCCCACCUGGACGGACCGGGCCUGAUAGUCUCGCCGGUCGACGCCAAGGAGGAGCUCUGGAUCCCGGCGAGCCUCGUCCCGAAUUCCUCGACGAGCAGGGCCUGGUCCUUCCGGCCCAGGAAGGCCAACGCCUCGAGGAGCCUGGCCGCCUCGGAGAAGCUGCCCCCGGAGGUGACGGGCGGUGCCUCCUCCCCGAUCAAGGUGGCGGCCGGCGAGGUCGCGCGGCUCACCCUCGAGGCCAGAAGGACCGACGGGGCCUCGGUGUCCUGGUGGAAGGAAGGCGAAGCCGGCUCUUGGUACGUGAAGGAGGACGAGCGGCACCGGUCGCGGCAGAACGCCGGCGGGAUCGUCUACCUCGAGAUCUCCAGGUGCCGACCCUCGGACUCGGGCACCUACCGCUGCGACCUGCGGACAGAGAACGGAGCCUGCUCUGCCACCGUCGCUCUCGACGUCACGGGAGCGAGCGGCACCACCUGGGCGCGUGUCCUGGGCUCGGACAGGGUCGAGGUCGACUGGGAGCCGGGGGACGUGCCCGGGCCCUGCACGGUGGAGCGCCGGACCGUGCCCUCGGCCAACUGGCAGGUGGCGGCCGAGAGGGUGGCCGGCCCGCCGGUGGUGCUGCGGCUGUCCCCGGGCGCCUCCUACAGCUUCAGGGCCGUCAGUCGAGACGGCAGCGCCAGCUCUCCCUCGACCGUCGUCGCGCUGCCCCUAGACGACGGCACCGGCUGGGAGGCCGAGCAGUUCGUCGGCCGCUACCUCGAGCUGGACGAGCUAGGCAGGGGCCGGUUCGCGGUGGUCCGCAGGGCCAGGGACCGCGGCACCGGCCAGGAGGUCGCCCUCAAGCAGACGCCCCGGCACAAGCAAUCCCGGGCCUCGACCAGGGCCGAGUACGAGCUGCUGGCCUCGACCCAUCACGCCAACGUCGUCAGGGCGUUCGCCCUCUUCGAGAACGCGCCGCAGCCCGGCGUCGACACCAUCGUCCUAGAACUAGUCCGGGGACCCACCCUGUUCGGGCACUUGAGCGGCCAGACCGACUACACCGAGGCCACGGCCAGCAAGUACGCGAGCCAGCUACUCUCCGCCCUGCAGUGGCUGCAUCGCCGCGCCACCCCACACCUCGACGUCAAGCCCGAGAACGUGCUGGUCGACCGGGAGACCGGCGUAGUCAAGCUCGUCGACUUCGGGGACGCGGUCACCGUGCCGAGCGGCAACGAGGUCCGCCCUCCUGCCGAUCUGGAGUUCGCCGCCCCGGAGCUGGUGCUCGGCAGGCCGGCCGGCGCCUACACCGACAUCUGGGCCGCCGGCGUCUUCGUUUACGUACUCCUCAGCGGUCUCUCGCCCUUCCUGGACGACUCGGUCGAGGAGACCACGUCCAACAUUCUCAACUGCGACUUCUGCUUCCUGGACGAGUACUUCGAGGGCGUGUCGGAGGACGCGAAGGAGCUCCUCGGCAGGAUGCUGCUCCUCCCGGCGGAGUGGCGGGUCGACGCGGAGACUUGUCUGUCCUCGCCGUGGUUCAAGGUGCAGCGAGGCGCCACCAUUCCGUCCGGCAGGAUGGCGGCCUUCAUGGAACGUCGGGCCCAACGCUCCAAGUCGCACCGGGACCACGAGACCUACUAUUCCUGAGGAUCGUCCUCUUCUCCUCGACUUUCCUCGAGUCGACGACCCAUGGAGACGUGCCCGAGGGGAAUCGUCCGUCCUUCCUUUUUUAUAGACACGUGGAUGCAUAUGAAAUAUUACACGAUUCGUAAAU